CUUUUCUUCAUAAGACAUAAGACAGGAGAGGACAUUUUAGAAGUAGCUGAACCAAUUCUUAUCAGAGGAAGAUGAAGAUUCUCUGCGGAUUGCUGAUUCUCUUGGCUUGCGGUGUUUGGGAAGCAAAAGGCAGCCUCCUGGAGUUUGGACAUUUGAUAAAAAACCUGACUGGGAAAAGCGCUUUCCCAAACUACACUUCGUACGGGUGUUAUUGUGGCAUUGGUGGCAAAGGACAAGCGCGGGAUGCUACGGACAGGUGCUGCUUCCAGCAUGACUGCUGCUAUGAAAAGCUGAGCAACUGUAACACCAAAACUGACAAGUAUAAUUUCACUAUUCAGGACGGCGUCAUCACGUGCGGCAAAGGAAGCUGGUGCGAAGAGCGGAUUUGUGAAUGUGACAAGGCCACUGCAAUUUGCUUCCGAGACAACCUGGACUCCUACGACAAGAAGUAUCGUUUCUACAUUGACAUUUUCUGCAAGGAACCACCAAUGCAGUGCUGAGGUGUUUCCCCCCAAGAUUACAGUAUAACUUCUGUUCCAAAAUGAAAUAAAGCACCCUUUUCUUUUCUUUCAAAUGAAAUAAAAGUCCGCUCGCAAUUAUGGUCUGACACAAAGGAAAAAUAGAGAUUUCAUAGGGUGAUACAAAACGCAAAUAUUGCAUUUUCCCAGUAAUUAAUCAACAGAUUCCAACUUUGUACAAAUGAUCCAACUGGUUAAUAUUUUAUCCUGUUAUCUUCCAAUAGCCUUGGAUUGGUUUUGUUUUUCUCAAUUCCAUCUUUGGGUAGCCCAGUUCAUCUGUUUCAAGUUCCUGGCACAUUCGCAUGCAUUUUCCCCAAA